UACCUAACAAAAUCACAAAUUAAUAAAAAACAAAUAUUAAAAGACUCACAAGUGACACAGAAACGUUAGAGUGAAACCAUGGCAGCUAAAAAGCGACCGUCAACGGCGGCGCCGGCGAAUAUCACAGGCGUGAACUCGCCGGAAAAACCUAAAUCCGGUGACACGUCAGCUGAUCCUCCUAUAGCGCCGGCAAAAGUAUACUUAAUAUUCAAAAUGUCAUUAAUAUUCAUAAUCCCUUACUUCUACUUGAUAUUCUAUCACUACAAAAUCGAAUCGGAGCUCCGAAAAUCGAUUCUCAUCAAUGCAAUUGUUAGUUUGAUCGGAUUUUUUGUUACGGUUACUAUGAUUCCUGUUGCAUCUAAGUAUGUGUUGAGAAGGAAUUUGUUUGGUUAUGAUAUUAACAAAAAAGGCACUCCUCAAGGCUCUAUUAAAGUACCUGAGUCACUGGGUAUUAUUGUUGGGGCUGUGUUCUUGGUCGUUGCUAUCCUGUUUCAAUAUUUCAACUUCACAGCUGAUUCAGAUGUAAGUAAAGUUGCGAGCUUUGCGGUUUUUGGAGUUUUUGAGUCUUUGAGAUUUGUUAAAGAUGAUCUGCUUUACGUCUUGAUAACUGCUUUUGUUGAUUUACUUUUUCUGACAUAGUGUUAUGUGUUCUUUUUUUGCUUGCGGAUCAUGAGAAAUUUGUGAGAACUUCUAACUGUUACUAGUAUGAUAAAAAAUAAGAG